GCGACCUCUCCGAAGCAGCCAGAGCCGACUGGGAGAGCAUCUUCCGACAGGUACAAGGAGUGGUCGCGAGCAUCAGGACGAUGCCCUUCCUCAUCUGGCUCGACGACCUCGAGGUAUCCUACAUGACAGGAGAAGAUUACAUGUGGGCCACAGCCGACUGGCUGGAUCCGCAGGCCAGCAUGCUUGCAACCGCUGCUGCCGAACAGCACAUGCCAUCGAAGGAGUACAACUACCGAGUCGCAAUGGAGGGCUUCCGCUUCGUGGGUCCGACCAGGGCCGAAGCAGAGGCCGCGUUGCCGCCACAAGGACAGUCCCCAAGCACGACCUUCCAGGCACGCCGCUUCGACGAAGAGCUUCAAGCGUACCUGGAGGACCACCGUGUCUGCAACAGCUCCACAUGCCGCACCACUCCAUCAGCUGCAGGACACAAGGUCGGUACGCUCCUGCGACAGCACCGAGGUCGGAACUGCAGCAAGGCACGGCCACGGCCAAGCAAGCUCGCCCUGCACGAGGCCGCCGAAGAGAUCUGCCCGGAGGACAACAGCACACAAGCCAAGCAGCCGGUAGCCCUGCUCGAUCUAGUCGAAGUAGCUCUGCGACAGUGA